UUAGGUAUCUUAGGUUCGAGGAGGAAUUGGAGUCUUACGCGAAACAGGUGGACGAGAUUCAACAUUGGGGAGAUAUAGGAGAAGUGUACAAAUAUCAGAGAAGGGCACAGACUUUAGAGAACCGACUGAUCGCCGCCAUGGAGAAGAUCGAUAAGUUUAACGAAGAAGAAGCAUCGUUUGGCUGGGACAUAACGCAAUAUCCACGUCGUAAACAGAUCGCUGAUCAACUGAAGCCCUUCAAACUACUCUUUGACGCAAUUUGUGACUUUUUGACGAAGCAGGAUAAGUGGUUAAACUCAAUGAUCGGUUCUUAUAAUCCGGAGGACAUCGAUAACGACGUAGGAUACGCGUUCAGAACCAUCUAUAAGCUGGAGAGAAGUUUUCAAGAGCCAGCUUUGAGGCAGCUAGCAGCCAGUGUCCGGGAAAAAAUCGAGGACUUCAGGGAAUACAUGCCGAUCGUUUUUACGCUUGGUAAUCCAGGAUUAAAGGAUCGCCAUUGGGAGCAAAUUUCGGAGAUCAUAAACAUUCCGAUAAAAGUCGAUCCCGAUUUAACAUUGGCGAAGAUUCUGGACAUGAAUUUAGGCAUAUACGUCAGCCAGUUCGAGAGCAUCUCGGACAACGCGUCGAAGGAAGCAACCUUGGAAAGAGCCAUGGAUAAGAUGGAGAAGGAUUGGGCCGAUUUAUACUUUACGGUGAACCCUUUCAAGGAUACUGGUACCUACGUCAUCGCUGGUGUCGAUGAUAUACAACUUCUUUUAGACGAUCACAUCAUUAGGACAGUUACUAUCAAGAAUUCGCCGAACAUAAAACCCUUUGAAGCAAGGAUACUGAGAUGGGAGUACAAACUUCAUUUGCUGCAAGAUAUUCUGGACCAAUGGCUACGCGUGCAGGCGAUCUGGAUGUACCUGGAGCCGAUCUUCACAUCGCCGGAUAUACAGCAACAGAUGCCAGAGGAAGGAAGAAAAUUUUCCGCGGUGGAUAAAACUUGGCGUGACAUUAUGAAGACCGUCCACGCGGAUCCUCGCGUUUUCGUUGUCGUCGAAAUCGAUAAAAUGUUGGAGCGGCUAAAGAAGAGCUACGGAUUACUAGAAGACAUCCAAAAGGGUCUGAAUGAUUACCUCGAAAGAAAACGACUCUUCUUCCCGAGAUUCUUUUUCCUGUCUAACGACGAGUUGCUGGAAAUUCUCUCUGAAACUAAGGAUCCGACUCGGGUUCAGCCACAUCUAAAGAAAUGUUUCGAGGGAAUACAUAGAUUACAUUUUAACGAGGACCUCGAAGUGGUCGCUAUGGUAUCGACAGAGGACGAAGAGGUUCGACUGAUAGAGACGAUAUCCACAGCUGCUGCCAGAGGACAAGUAGAGAAAUGGUUGAUCGAAUUGGAAACGGUUAUGCGAAAAAGUAUACGAAAUGAGGUGCUGCUAGCGAUCCAGGCGUAUCCUACUAAAUCGAGGAAGGUCUGGGUGCUGGAAUGGCCAGGGCAAACGAUUCUUUGCGUUGGUAAAACAUACUGGACUCUACGUAUAGAGGAAUCGAUGCCGUACGGUGUUCAAGGGAUGAAGAGAUACUUGGAUCAAUGUCAGGCAGAACUGAACGACAUUAUAUCGUUAAUCAGAGGCAAACUUUCGAAACAGAAUCGCAUCACUUUUGAAGCUUUAGUUACGCUGGAUGUCCAUGGGAAAGACGUGCUUGCGUCGCUUCACCAGGAGGAAGUGAUCAAGAACACCGAUUUCAAAUGGUUGUGUCACUUGCGUUACUAUUGGCUGGAAGAAAACAUGUGGGCUUACAUGAUAAACUCACAGCAACGUUAUGGUUAUGAGUACCUUGGCAAUUCUUCAAGAUUAGUAAUCACUCCCUUAACGGAUAGAUGUUAUCGAACUCUAUUCGGCGCUUUGAGCCUUCAUCUAGGCGGUGCACCAGAGGGACCCGCCGGAACUGGUAAAACAGAGACGACGAAAGAUCUUGCUAAAGCAGUAGCAAAACAGUGCGUCGUCUUUAAUUGUUCCGAAGGCCUCGAUUAUCUCGCAUUAGGAAAAUUCUUUAAAGGACUGGCUUCUUGUGGCGCCUGGUCUUGUUUUGACGAAUUCAAUCGAAUCGAUCUGGAAGUGUUAUCAGUAGUAGCGCAACAAAUUUUAACGAUUCAACGAGCGAUAAACAGCGGCGCUGAGAAGAUCGUAUUCGAAGGCACGGAGAUCUUUUUAGAUCCAACGUGCGCCAUUUUUAUCACGAUGAAUCCGGGUUACGCGGGGAGAUCAGAGUUGCCGGACAAUCUAAAGGCAUUGUUCCGUCCCGUGGCCAUGAUGGUGCCGGAUUACGCGCUGAUCGCCGAGAACACGCUAUACUCCUAUGGCUUUUAUAACGGUAGACCUCUAGCUGUAAAAAUCGUCACAGCUUACAGACUUUGCUCCGAGCAGUUGAGUAGUCAGCAUCAUUACGAUUAUGGUAUGAGGGCAGUGAAAUCUGUCCUAGUUGCAGCUGGCAACUUAAAGCUCAGGUAUCCUGACGAGUCUGAAGACAUCCUCAUGUUAAGAAGCAUAUUGGAUGUUAACUUGCCAAAAUUUUUGGUUCACGAUCUGCCUCUUUUCGAGGGCAUCGCUUCAGAUUUGUUUCCCGGAGUUGUUCUUCCACCGCCAGAUUAUACUCACCUAAACGCGUGUACGAUGGAUGCAUGUACCGCUGCUAAUAUUCAGUGUACUGAUUUCUUUUUGGAGAAGAUACAGCAGAUCUAUGAGAUGAUGAUCGUCAGACACGGUUUCAUGAUCGUUGGUCUACCAUUUGGAGGGAAAACCUCGGCUUAUAGAAUAUUGGCCGAUUGUCUUGGUUUGUUAGAGGAACGGAAGCUGAUGGACGAACACCGGGUGGAGAUAACCGUUAUCAAUCCAAAGGCGAUCACCAUGGGUCAAUUAUACGGUCAGUUCGACCCGGCCUCGCACGAAUGGAGCGACGGCGUGCUCGCUGUCAGUUACAGAGCUUUCGCGACUUCCACCAACCUGAAUAGGAAAUGGUUGGUCUUCGAUGGGCCGGUCGACGCCCUGUGGAUCGAGAACAUGAAUACUGUCCUGGAUGACAAUAAAAAGCUCUGCCUGACCUCCGGGGAAAUUAUCCAGCUAGCGCCCACCACGAACUUAAUUUUUGAGCCUAUGGACUUGGAGGUCGCGUCACCUGCCACAGUGUCAAGAUGCGGUAUGAUUUACAUGGAACCAGUUAGUUUAGGUUGGAAACCAAUUUUGCUCUCGUGGUUGAACACUUUACCAUUGUCUUUCACGGAGCAUCUUAAAAACCAUUUGCACGAGAUGUACAUGAGGUUUUGUCCUCCACUCCUGCAUCUGCUUCGUUGGGGAGUCAAGGAAUUAAUAACAAUGCAAGACGCUAAUAUGGUUAGGUCUGUGACAUACUUAUUCGAUUGUUUUCUCGACGAGUACCACGACGAGAAGUACCUCCAAACUCUAACAGAUCUAGAUUUAAGGGCACAAGUGGAGGGUUGCUUCUUCUUUUCUUGUAUCUGGGCGUUGGGCGGCACGUUGAUGGUGGACUCCCGUGAAUGCUUCAGCGAUCUCUUUAGAGCAUUAACAGAGAGGGAAUUCCCCGCCGAUGUCAGAGAACGUUUCAAUGUUUCCGAAGAAACUACCGAUCCAUCCAAACCAUACGUAGUAAAUUUACCAAUGACAGGUUUGGUGUUCGAUUAUAAAUACAUCAAAGAAGGUAGAGGCAAAUGGAGACCUUGGAUGGAUGAUCUAAAAGACGUUCCAGUAAUACCAAAAGACAUACCAAUGAAUCAGAUAAUCGUCCCCACGAUCGAAACUGUUCGUUACUUUCAUCUGUUUAAACUGUUAAUUUGUCAUCAAAAACCUAUCCUUUUGGUCGGUCCGACGGGUACCGGGAAGUCAGUGUACAUCAUGGAGUUCUUAUUGAAGAAGAACGACCCAGAAAUUUUCAAACCUCUUUUCGUAAUAUUCUCCGCGCAGACUACUGCCAAUCAAACCCAAGAGAUCAUCAUGAACAAAUUGGACAGACGAAAGAAGGGACUAUAUGGAGCUCCCCCAGGAAAGUAUUGGGUUGUAUUCGUGGACGAUAUCUCCAUGCCACAGAAGGAAGAGUACGGAGCACAGCCGCCUAUAGAGUUGUUGAGGCAAUGGCUGGACCAUUGGACGUGGUACGAUUUGAAGGAAGUGACGCCUAUACAACUGGUGGACGUUCAGCUGGUUUGCGCGAUGGGUCCUCCAUCCAGCGGAUUGGACGUCACGCUACGGUUCAAGAGACACUUCUUUACCCUAGGAAUUUCCGAAUUCUCUGAUGACGUUCUCAAUACCAUCUUCUCCACCAUCGUGACAUGGCACUUUACGAAUAAGGAAUUUCCGGACUAUUACUUUCCUAGUGUCGACUACAUCGUGAGCGGAACCUUAGAUGUUUAUAAAGAAACUAGAGUGUUUCUUCUACCGACACCGGCCAAAUGCCAUUACUUGUUCAACUUACGAGAUUUUUCCAGAGUGAUUCAAGGAGUGCUACUGUGUACGCCUGAAAGUGUCACUAAACCUGCGAGUUUAAAGCGUCUCUGGGUACACGAAGUGUUGCGCGUUUAUGGUGAUCGGUUGGUAGACGACCAUGAUAUUAAGUGGCUCGUCGAGCAGAUACGAAGGACCAUGUUAGAAUAUAUGGAUGACAAUCUGGACCACCUGUUUCAAGAUUUACUUACUGCUAGAUCUGGCACAGUACAAGUAGAGCUUCGAAAUCUGAUUUAUUGUGACUUCUACGAUAUAUUGGCGGAUAAAAAGCUAUAUUCCGAAGUGGAGGAUUUAGACCACUUGGCAAUCGUAGCUGAAGAAUAUCUUGCUGAAUAUAAUUCCAUUUCGAGGACACCGAUGAAUCUCGUUCUUUUCAGAUUCGCCGUAGAACAUCUAUCAAAGAUCUGUCGCAUAAUGAUGCAGCCUCGAAGUCACGCGUUAUUAAUCGGAGUGGGCGGUUCGGGGCGCCAAUCGUUAACGAAAUUAGCAGCUCACAUCUCAGAUUACGAAUUGUUUCAAGUGGAAAUGUCUCAACAGUAUGGUCUAUACGAAUGGCACGAAGACGUAAAAGACAUUCUAAAAAAGAGCGCAGCCAGCGAUCUUCACACAGCUUUCCUGUUUUUGGAUACACAAAUUAAAGAAGAGACUUUUCUGGAAGACAUUAGCAAUCUUUUAAAUUCCGGAGAGGUUCCUAAUAUAUUUGCACCUGAUGAAAUAUCCGAUAUUUGCGAGAAGAUGCGAGUUAUCGAUCGUCAGAGAGACAGAUCCUUGCAGACAGACGGCAGCCCCGUCGCUUUGUUUAAUUUCUUCGUACAAACUGUUCGCGAACACUUGCAUAUCGUGGUCACCAUGUCGCCUAUUGGUGACAAUUUUCGUAUCAGAAUUCGAAAAUUUCCGGCAUUGGUGAAUUGUUGCACGAUAGAUUGGCUGCAACCUUGGCCCGAGGACGCAUUGCUCGCUGUGGCGACUAAAUUCUUGGGCGAAAUCGAUCUAACGGAGAAGGAACGUGACGCCUGCAUCGAGAUGUGCCAAUUCUUUCAUAUGUCCACGCAGGAGUUGACAAAGGAGUUCCUGAGGAAGUCAAAGAGGUACAAUUACGUUACGCCUACCUCGUACCUGGAGCUCAUCAACACUUUCAAGGACCUGCUCGCAAAAAAGAGGAAGGAAGCGCUCGAUGGGAAAAAAAGGUACGAAGCUGGCUUGGAAAAGUUGGACAGUACUCACAGGCAAGUGGAGAAGAUGCAAGAGAUUUUAGUCGCGUUGCAACCGAAGCUCCUUGUCGCCGCUAAGGACGUGGAGGCCACGUUUCUCGACGUUCAAAGGGAAAGCGAGGAGGUAGCUGCCAUGGAGCAAGUCGUCAAGAGGGACGAAGAGGCUGCCAUGGUCGUCGCGAACGAAGCGAGCGCCAUUCGCGCAGAAUGCGACGCCGAUCUGCAAGAAGUGAUGCCGAUAUUAAACGCGGCGAACGAUGCCUUGAACACUCUGACUCCUCAGGAUAUUCAAAUCGUGCGAUCCAUGAAACGACCGCCAGCCGGUGUUCGAUUGGUGAUGGAAGCAGUUUGCAUUUUAAAGGACGUGAAACCGGAGAAGGUUAAGACUCCAGAUGGAGUUAUAGAUGAUUAUUGGAGGCCAUCUCUUCGCAUAUUGAGCGACAUGAAAUUCCUCGAAUCCUUAUUAACGUUCGAUAAGGACAACAUUCCAGAAAGGAUCAUGACGAAGAUCCGCACCACUAUCUUAACAAAUCCAAACUUCGAUCCAGAACGGAUCAGACAAGUUUCUACCGCCUGUGAAGGUCUCUGUAGAUGGGUCUUCGCUCUGUCAGAGUACGACAAGGUGGCGAAGAUCGUGGCGCCGAAGAAGCAAGCGCUGGCCUUGGCGGAGGCCGACUACAAUGAGGCCAUGAGGCAAUUGAACUUGAAGAGAAGUCAGCUCCAAGAAGUGCGUGACAGAUUGGCGAAGCUGGAGGAGCUGUUGGCUGAACGAAGAGCGGAGUAUCAGGCGAUGACGGACGAAGUGAACGAGUGCGAGGCAAGAUUAAGGAGAGCCAGGGAGUUGAUUGGCGGCUUAGGGGGAGAGUACACCAGAUGGUCCGAUACUGCGAAGGAACUGGGCGAGCGUUAUUACAAGCUGACGGGAGACAUUCUCAUCGGCUCCGGGAUCGUGGCCUAUUUAGGAGUGUUCACCACUCAGUAUAGACAGCAACAAAUCGACAACUGGGUGCAGAUUUGCACCGAUUUGGAAGUAAUUUGUACGAAGGACUAUCAGCUUACUCAGAUUCUAGGUGAUCCUGUGUUGAUACGGUCCUGGAAUAUUUUUGGUUUGCCCAGUGAUUUGUUCUCGGUAGAUAACGCGAUAAUUGUUACGAAUUCUCGACGAUGGCCCCUGAUGAUCGAUCCUCAGGGCCAGGCUAACAAAUGGGUGAAGAAUAUGGAGAAGGAAAAUAAUAUUCAUGUUAUUAGAUUGUCGCAGAGUGAUUAUAUGAGAGUGUUAGAAAAUGCUAUACAGUUUGGACAGCCAGUUUUGUUAGAGAAUGUGGGCGAAGAACUUGAUGCUGCAUUGGAACCGCUCUUGAUGAAACAAACAUUUAAGUCUGGUGGCGCGGAAUGUAUCAAGGUUGGGGAUUCUGUCAUCGAAUACUCUGCCAAUUUUCGAUUUUACAUUACAACCAAAUUACGCAAUCCUCACUAUUUACCGGAGGUAGCAGUUAAGGUAACACUACUGAAUUUCAUGAUCACACCGAUAGGCCUUGAAGAUCAGCUCCUCGGUAUUGUGGUAGCCAAAGAAAGGCCAGACUUGGAGUCUGAGAAGAAUCAGCUAAUCGUCCAAGGAGCCGCCAACAAGAAGAAACUGAAGGAGAUCGAAGACGAAAUUCUGGAAGUUCUGUCGACAGCAGAAGGAAAUAUUCUCGAGGAUGAAACAGCGAUUAGUGUACUUAGUUCGUCCAAGACUCUUUCUGAUGAGAUAGUCACGAAACAAACGGCAGCUGAGAUUACGGAAAAGUCUAUCGACGCUGCAAGAUUGGAGUACACGCCCAUAGCUGCUUACAGCACCGUUCUUUUCUUCACGAUUGCUGUCCUGGCGAAUAUCGAUCCGAUGUAUCAAUAUUCUCUGGCCUGGUUCGUGAAUCUGUUCAAUAGCACAAUCGACAACACGGAACGGGUCGAAGACAUUCAGCAACGACUGAAGGACCUCACGAAGCACUUCACCUACUCACUUUACGUGAACAUAUGUCGGUCGUUGUUCGAGAAGGACAAGCUUUUAUUCUCGCUACUGCUUUCGGUGAACCUGCUGAAUAAGCAGGGACGACUCUCGAUGCCCCAAUGGAUGUUUCUGUUGACCGGCGGCGUUGGCCUUGAGAAUCCUUUCGCAAAUCCCACGAAAUGGCUACCCUCGAAAUCCUGGGACGAGUUGUGUCGUUUGAAUAAUAUUCCAGGGUUUAUGGGAUUUCAAAACGCAUUCGAGACAACGCUGAAUGAUUGGAAAGCCAUCUUUGAUCAUAUGGAGCCUCACACUUUAACGUUUCCCGCGCCUUACGACAAGCUCAACCCUUUCGAGAGAAUGAUCGUGCUGCGAUGUAUGCGUCCUGACAAAGUUGUGCCAGCCGUCCAGCAAUUUGUAGAAGAACAACUGGGACAACAGUACAUCGAGCCGCCGCCCUUCGACCUGGUAUCGUCGUUCGCGGAUUCAUAUUCCUGCAGUCCCCUCAUAUUCGUGUUAACGCCUGGCGCCGAUCCUAUGGCGGUUCUACUGAAAUUCGCCGACGAUCAAGGUUUCGGUACAAACCGAUUGUUCUCCCUCUCUUUGGGUCAAGGACAAGGAGUUAUCGCCGCCCAGCUAAUCGACGAGGGAGUGAAAAAUGGUACCUGGGUGGUUCUGCAGAACUGUCACCUUGCCAAGAGUUUUAUGCCACAUUUGGAAAAGAUUUGUGAAAGCUUCACACCAGGAACUGUGCAUCCAGAUUUCCGAUUAUGGCUGACAAGUUAUCCAGUGGAGCAUUUUCCAGUUAGCGUCCUUCAGAAUGGUGUGAAAAUGACCAACGAGCCACCGAAAGGACUAAGAGCAAAUAUAAUCAGAUCUUUCUUGCAGGACCCAAUAUGCGAUGAGGAAUUUUUCGAGACUUGCAAGCAGAACGAGGCUUUCAAGAAGCUGCUUUUUUCCUUGUGCUUUUUCCACGCGAUUGUUCAAGAACGUAGGAAAUUUGGGCCGAUCGGUUGGAAUAAUCAAUACGAGUUCAACGAGACCGACCUACGGAUCAGUGCGCUGCAAUUGAGAAUCUUCUUGGAUCAGUACGAUGACGUUCAGUUUACGGCCUUGAAAUACUUAACAGGCGAAUGUAAUUAUGGCGGUCGUGUGACAGACGAAUGGGAUAGGAGAACUUUAAAUACGAUUCUUGUGAAGUUUUAUUGUAUGGAAGUCAUUGCACAGAAGGAAUACCUAUUCGAUCCUAGUGGUAUAUACUAUGUACCUGAAGUCAGUGAUUAUAACGAAUUUCUUGAAUAUAUUAGAUCCUUUCCAAUGGCCACUGCUCCUAGUGUCUUUGGGAUGAACGACAAUGCGGAUAUCAUUAAGGAUCAGCAGGAGACUGCAUCGAUGUUGUCUUCCUUAUUGGCAACGCAGUCUAUUCAGGAUAUUAAAGUGAAAAAAUCGAGGAAAAAGGACACGGGAGAAACGGAAACAGACGUAGGAAAAUCACCCGACGAGAUCGUCUACGGUGUAGCGUCUGAUAUUCUGUCAAAGUUGCCCGACGACUUCGAUCUGGUGGAUGCACUCGAGAAAUAUCCGACGUUAUAUAAUCAAAGCAUGAACACGGUGCUAGUCCAGGAAAUGGGAAGAUUCAACAAGCUUCUGCAAACGAUCAGGAAUAGCCUCAUAAAUGUUCAGAAGGCGAUCAAAGGUCUGGUGAUCAUGAACCCGGACCUCGAGGAGGUCUACGUAUCGAUAAUUACUGGAAAGAUAUCGAAGAUUUGGAUGAGGAACUCUUAUCCGUCGUUGAAGCCGCUAGGCAGUUAUAUACAGGAUUUCUUGAAGAGGCUCGCUUUUCUUCAGUUGUGGUACGAUGAAGGACCACCGACAUCCUUCUGGAUCUCUGGUUUCUACUUCACACAGGCGUUUCUCACCGGCGCACAACAGAACUACGCGAGGAAAUAUUCAAUACCGAUAGAUUUGCUCGUCUACGACUUUGUCCCUUUGAAGGAUACUGUUUUCCCUGAACCACCAACCGAUGGUGUUUACAUUUACGGUCUAUUCCUCGAUGGAGCUCGUUUCAACACGAGCACGAUGAAACUUGACGAAUCACUGCCGAAAAUUUUGUACGACGUCGUUCCCUACAUUUGGCUGAUACCAAUGAAAAAGGAGGACGUGGAGCAAAGAUACACAUAUACCUGUCCGGUGUACAAAACCACGGAGAGAAAAGGUGUUCUGUCGACAACCGGCCACUCGACGAACUUCGUAAUCGCCAUAUGGCUCCCGACGGACCAUCCACCGGAGCAUUGGAUUCUGCGUGGCGUAGCCAUGAUCUGCCAAUUGUCCGAUUAAACCUAUCGUCCCAUUGGAAUAACGAUUAUACUAUCUUCCGUUUAUGUAUCACGCAGCCGUAUAUCUCGUCGCCUAUCGGCAUACUUGUCCUUAUCGAUGAUAUAAUUGAAUUUGGUGUUCAAUUCCGACGAAGCGAUCAGAAGCAUCGUACGUUAAUUCGAUUCUCGAAGAGAGCCCGUCGAUCGAGCC